AUGGCUGAAGGUAAAGACAUCCUAUACGAAGUUAGAGACAAAUUCGCAAUCAUCACCCUUAACCUUCCAAAGGGGUUGAAUGCCUUAAACAAUGAUCAAUACUUGUUACUAGGUAUUCUUGUCGAAAGGGCAGAUAGGGAUCCAAAUACCGUUUUCACAUUCAUUAGAUCAACUGGUCGUUAUUUCAGCGCUGGUGCAAACGUUAAAGAUGUUAAUCUAGUUAUUGAAGAGAAUAAGUCAGAAUUGGAAGAUAAAAACUAUUGGUUAUCUAGAUUCACCGCAAGAAAUGCUUACCUUACUACAAUUUUCCAUGAUCAUUCAAAAGUUUUAAUUGCCGCUUUAAAUGGUCCUGUUGUUGGUUUAAGUUCUGCUUUGGUUUUGCUGUGUGAUUUCGUUUAUGCCAUCAAUGAUGAUGUUUUCUUAUUGACACCUUUUGCCAACUUGGGAUUGGUUAGUGAAGGUGCUGCAGCUGCAACUUUGGUUCAAAGACUAGGUUUAAGUACUGCUAAUGAAGCUUUAUUGUUAUCUAGACCAAUUGGGGCAAAAAAAAUGUAUGAACGUGGGUUGAUUAACAAGAUUUAUAACUUGAAAGAUACAAGCAAGUUUAAUGAUUUGGUUUUGGAGGAAUUUUGGUCAAACUCUAAAAAUUUGGAAUUUUCAAGUAUCCUUGAUAUCAAGAAAUUGAUCAAAGCAAAUUAUUUACAAGAUUUACAAAGUACAAAUGCUAAAGAAGUUAUCGGUGGGAUGCAAAAAUGGGUUCAAAAUAUUCCACAAAAAAAAUUCAAAAGUAUUGCUAAAAAGCAAAUGAAGCACAAGAUGUAG